AUGCCUGAGAAAGAGCAAGGCUUUAUACAAGAAAUUUGGGGGCAACGGCGUCGUAUUCAAUCGGAAGUAAUGACAUUUUUGCGAAUUUUUGUGCGGUUUCUUCUUCUUCUACUGCUGGUCUUCUUUAUUCCAAACGCACCCCAGCCAGUUCAAGCGUUUACUGGAACUUACGGGAUUAAUUAUGGAAGAAUUGCUGAUAAUAUCCCUUCACCUGAUGAAGUGGUUAAGCUUCUAAGAUCAGCCAAGAUAAAGAAUGUUCGAAUAUAUGAUGCGGAUCAUAGUGUCCUCCAAGCUUUUAGUGGUACUGGGCUUGAAUUGGUGGUUGGACUACCCAAUGGUUACGUUAAAGAGAUGAGUUCUAAUGCAGAUCAUGCCCUGACUUGGGUCAAAGAUAAUGUGGAGGCAUUUCUUCCUGAUACACACAUUGUUGGUAUUGCUGUGGGGAACGAAGUUUUGGGAGGGAGUGAUUCUGAACUUGCGGAAGCCCUUUUGGGUGCAGUGAAAAAUAUUUAUAAUGCCACAAAAACACUUCAAAUAGAUGAUGUAGUUCAGAUUUCUACUGCACAUUCACAGGCUGUUUUUGCUAAUUCUUACCCUCCUUCUUCGUGUACUUUCGGAGAGAAUGUUGUUCAGCACAUGAAGCCACUAUUAGAGUUAUUCUCACAGAUCGGGUCCCCUUUCUGUUUAAAUGCAUACCCAUUUUUGGCUUACAUGUAUAAUACGGAUGAUACAAUUGACAUAAAUUAUGCUCUUUUCCAGAAAAACAAGGGUAUAUAUGAUCAGAAAACUGAUCUUCAUUAUGAUAACAUGCUUGAUGCUCAGAUUGAUGCAGCUUAUGCGGCUUUGGAAGAUGCUGGACUUAAAAAGAUGGAAGUUAUAGUUACGGAGACAGGUUGGGCUUCUCGUGGGGAUCAAAAUGAAGCUGCAGCCACAGUAGACAACGCGAGGACAUUCAAUUAUAAUCUGCGAAAAAGGCUUGCCAAGAAGAAGGGGACUCCGUUUAGGCCAAAAUCUGUUCUGAAGGCAUACAUUUUUGCAGUGUUUAAUGAGAAUUUGAAGCCUGGACCAACUUCUGAGAGGAAUUUUGGACUGUUUAAAGCUGAUGGGAGCAUUUCAUACGAUAUUGGAUUUUCUGGACUGAAAUCUUCAUCUGCAGCUUCAUCUCUUUUGUCUUGGAAGGUCUUUGCAUCACCUUCACUGUUUAUACCUUACAUAAAUCUUUGCCUUGUAAAUUUUGUCAUUGGGGAAGUGAUGGAAAAGGAGACGAGGCAUACUAAGUACAGUCCUCAGGACUAA